CAGCCUAGAGAGGGAACAGAGAAAAAGCAGAGAGCAGGAGACACAACUCCUGCUGUGAGCCUGAGUUACAAGGUAGAAAUCUUACUUAUUUUGCACAAAGAGCCCUCCCUACUACCUACUCUGUGCUGGGCCUUGGAGAAGCAGCUGCUGAACCUCCCUCUGGCAGCAAGAGCCUUGUGCCCAUCAUGGCAGUGCCGUGGGGCUGGCAGACAGGACUCUGACCCCCAUCUCACGUGUCACAGGGCUCAGAGCUGUCCCCAGCCCUGGAGCAGAGGUUCUGCUCUGCUCCCAGCUCUACAUCAACCCUUGGCUUGUCGUGCAUCCCUUGGCUGCCCACCCAGGCUCAGAAGAUGGAUGGUACAGAGCUCAGCUGGCUGGCGAAUCGCUCCCUUCCCCUUCCACUCAGUUCUGCUCAGUAUCCUCAGCUCAGACUUGACUUGCUCGACAGGAAAGGCUCCUGCCUGCAGCUGGCUGCCACGAGGAACGUGAACCUCAUCUUGCAGCACUACAACUUCACAGGCAAACUGACCAACAGGCAGCCUGGAGAGGAGGGCAUGGGCCUGCUCCGCAUAACCUUUGUCACCAUCAGCUGUGUCAUCAUCCUGGAGAACCUCCUGGUGCUGCUGGCCAUCCUGCGGGGGCUGCGAGCCCGGCGCUGGGUCUACUCCUGCAUCGCAAGCAUCACGGUGAGCGACCUGCUGGCGGGCACUGCCUACCUGUGCAACCUCUGCCUCUCGGGCAAGAAGACCUUCCAGCUCUCCCCUCAGCUCUGGUUCCUGCGGGAGGGCAUCCUCUUCGUCGCCCUGGCUGCCUCCACCUUCAGCUUGCUGGUGACAGCCAUCGAGAGGUACAGUGCCAUGGUGAGGCCCAUCGCUGAGAACGAAGCCAGCAAGACCCGGCGCCUGCGCGGCCUCCUCGUCUCCUGCUGGCUGCUGGCGCUGGUCAUCGGGCUGCUCCCGCUCCUGGGAUGGAACUGCCUCUGUGACUUCCACGCCUGCUCCCUCCUCCUGCCUCUCUACUCCAAGAACUACAUCCUCUUCUCCGUAGUCAUGUUCAGCAUCAUCCUCCUGGGCAUUAUCGGCCUCUACAUCUCCAUCUUCCAGCUGGUCCAGAUCAGCUCCAAACAAACCAGUUCCCGUCACGGCCGCAAAAGGUCCCUGCGCUUGCUCAAGACCGUGCUGAUGAUCCUGGGUGCCUUCAUCCUCUGCUGGAGCCCUCUCUUUGUCCUGCUGCUCUUCGAUGUCUUCUGCGAGGCCCGGACCUGCACACACCUCCGCAGCCUGGACUGGACCCUGGCUCUGGCCAUGCUCAACUCAGGAGUCAACCCCAUCAUUUACUCCCUGCGCAGCGUGGAGGUUCGCCGGGCCGUGGGAAACCUCCUGUGCUGCUGCUGCCUCAGGCUGGGGCUUUGUGAGCCCGGGAGCUGCGUGGUCAUCCCGGACAUCAACUCUGGGUCCUCCACAGAGAGCUCCCUGCGGUACCGGGACAGCUUCCACGGCUCCGUGGCGCUGAACCCCCGGCCCAGGGCACCUCUCUCCAGCAACUCCAGCGUGGUGAGCAACCUCCCCAGCUUCUGAGAGGCCACGGGGAGAGCUAGAGAUGUCAGGGGACUCCAUCCUGAUGUUCCUGCUCGGGGAGAAUCCUUGGUAUGCCCACGAGCACCUGCACUGCUCACUGCCAGACUGGGAUGCUGCUUCGUGUGGGACAAGCACAGCUCCUAGGAUGAGGAGGAAGGAUAUGGACACUUUUUGGAAUUGUUUCCCACCCAAACACUGCUGAGGAGAAGCUUCCCCAGCAGGAGGUGCUGAG